CUUCCCGGUAGGAAGGGGCUUUCUCGCCAGGACUCCCGCCCGGCUUCUCCUGCCACAACGGUCCUCACCCCACAGUGCAGCACCCACGAGGGGACGCGUCCAGUGGCCAAGGCGCUUCGAUUAUGCCUUCGGGAACUGAAAAAAUAACUGUAGGGAAAAUCCGUGCUCCGGCGGGCCGCCGCGAGUCGAGUUAGAGGCCCGUGGAGUCGAGACCUAGACGGGUGUCAGCUCAGAGGCCGCGUCUGAUGGCUCUUGGGAGGCGCUCAUCCUUGGCCAGUGAGUGAGCGGCUCCAGGCCCGGCCCAGCCAGCGUUGCCCUGUGUGUGGCGCCCCCCGCAUGGCAAUUGGCUGCUGCCCAGGGCUCGGCCGCCCGGGGAGAGGGAAUAAGAGCAGCCUCGGCCCCAGAUCCUGCCACCCGGACCCACGGCACGGAGGUGACAAGAGGAGGCCCCAGGAUGUCUGAGCUGGAGAAGGCAGUGGUGGCCCUCAUCGACGUUUUCCAUCAGUAUUCCGGGAGGGAGGGUGACAAGCACAAGCUGAAGAAGUCGGAGCUUAAGGAGCUCAUCAACAACGAGCUCUCUCACUUUCUAGAGGAAAUCAAAGAGCAAGAGGUUGUGGACAAAGUCAUGGAAACACUGGACAAUGAUGGAGAUGGUGAAUGUGACUUCCAGGAGUUUAUGGCCUUUGUUGCCAUGGUUACCACUGCCUGCCACGAAUUCUUUGAACACGAAUGAGAGGGAGAAAGGAGAAAGCAGCCGGCUGCUCCUGUAACAAAGAAGGUCACACAAGAGGAAGAGAACGAGGGCUUGCAGGCUAGUAGAAGCUGAGCUCUCUAGUCGUGUUGUAGCUAUUUAGGAAGCUUUAUUUGCUUUGUGAAUGAAAAACUGGCAGCCUCUCUCUAAGGGCUGUUUCAAAUGGCCUGCACCAUUAUUUAUGCUGCAUUAGGCAAAUGUGUAAGGUGUCUGGUCCCAGCGACUUUUGGUCAUAAUCAUUUAGGAAAUUCUCAGUCGUAAACAUGGGUUGUACAGACCACCAUGGCUGUGUAGAAUCCCAACUCAAAAAAACCAAAACUGACUACCAAAAAUUACCCCCGGGCAUCCCUAAGGCUUCCUCUGCAUUUUAACACGCCGAGCCUUGUCCACCAUCAUUUGGAAAGGCUGCCCUUCCUAGAAUCUGUUCGUCGUUAGCGCAAAUAAAGCCUAAAGCAGUUGGA